AUGCCAUAUUAUUGUUGUAAGAGGAAUGAGUCCGAAGGGGAGGCGGGCUCAGUCGGUGAUCCUCAGCCACAGUUUGCUUGCAACGCAUGCAGCGCGCCAGGGGUGGACGGGGCGGCCGUCACCCCUCUCUCGCUGCCCUAUGACCCCACUCCGUCGCACAACUACUGCCCCACCUGCUCACCCCACUACCUCCGUGGCAUGGAUGAGAUGCAUAAUGGUGGUGAACGCCUGUCCUACAUGCCAACUCACUAUGAGAACCAUGGUGCCACUGCCCUUGGUCUGGCUGCCAUGUACGGCCCCGUGCUGAGCCGUCGCAGCACACCAGACUUUUACACCAACACUCGAGCCAUCAGCACUGACGUAUGA